AUUUAAGAACUCCAACAUCCAAAAAAGAUGUCGAUUGGCAGUACAAUGUAAAAUAUGUUUCGGAUGUCUAGGCACCGGACAUAUGGUUAAAGAUUGCAGACGAUCUAGGAGGUGCGGCUUGAGUGGAUGUAACAAGCACCACCACAGAAUGUUACACUCGAAUCCAGACAUGGAACCAACACCUCGUAAUACGUCCGCUACAGUUCCGCUUGAAGCCAACUGCAAUAUUCACAAGUCCUCAGCAAACGAGAUAUACUACCAGGUGAUUCCAGUAACACUUCAACACGGAAGGCAUUCAGUCGAUACAUAUGCCUUCCUAGACACAGGGUCUUCCCUGACAUUGCUAGAUGAGGAAAUGGCAAACUCCUUGGACCUAUACGGCAGAGAAGAACCACUACAAUUAAAAUGGACACAGGACGUGUCUCGAAACGAGCUGAACAGUAGAAAAGUACAAGUUCGCAUUCAGGGGUCGUCCAGAAGGUCGUACCGACUUGACGGUGUAAGAACCAUUAAAAACUUACAACUUCCGACUCAGACAAUGAACUACAAAGCAAUGGCUACAAAAUAUCCGCAUUUGGAAAACCUUCCGAUCGAAAGCUACGAGCUUGCAAGGCCAACAAUUCUCAUAGGGCUGAAUCAAAGCCAUUUGCUUACCGCCAUGGAAACAAGAAGGGGAAGUGACAAUGACCCAAUAGCAGUCCGAAGUAAGCUUGGAUGGUUUAUUUUCGGUAAUGUCAGAUCAAUUUAUCAAAACGAUCAUGAACUAUUGCAACACGAUAAAGAACUACGAGAUAUGAUGGCUGCGCACUUCUCAAUCGAUGAAUUUAGCAUCAGACAACCAAUAAGAGUCAACGACAACCCCUUGCCCUUAGAACCGGUCAACAAGUAUACCACCGCGAGUUCUAACAACGUAAUGCUGAUAACCUCGACCGAAGAUAAAUCAAAAAAAUCAACGCGAAAAAAAAGACGUAGAAAUAAGACUACAACAAAAGGCAUUUCUAAAUCUUGGUUCAACAUCUCACGUAUAUUGAAAAUAAUGAUGUUGUUCGUAAUGUCGUUCACGUUGAUCAACGCUAUAUCCAUAAAACCCGUUGACAAAGACGGUCUAAUGUUCGACCACGAAGGAACGUGCUUAUUACAUAGAGGCAUAUGGCAAACAAAUAUACAAACCAACGUAGUGCCCGAUGAAGACAUUGAAGUAAUUAACUCGAUACGGAAUAAUGUGACAGUAGCGAUGAAAGACAUGGAGUUUGUCAUCGAAGACUCUCUCCUAGAGCAAAUUGCAACAUCUGUUGAACGUUUAUGCGAUGAUGCGAUUGAUGAGAUCAAGCAGACAACGAGAACUAAACGAAGCAAAGGGUUCUUCGGUUUUUUGGCGGACUUAAUAUUUGGUAGCGACGAUAUGGAAAACGAGCUACAGGCAAUGAGGGUUCAUGAAGACGAAAAAAUUCACCAAAUAUCGGAGUCAAUGGUAAAAAUGAAUACCAAGGCGUCCAAAAUGGGAGAACAGCUUAACGAGAGAUACUAUAAAUUGUACAAAGACAUGACUCAAUUAAAACAAUUAUAUUCUGCGGAUAAGGUUCAAAGGUUACGAACAACGAUGUUAGAAACCACGAUAUUGGCACGAGAAGUUAUCGAUGGAACAUUGAAUAGAUAUAGGAAAGUUCGAACGUUUCCUUUGUCCGUCGACGAACUAGCCCAAACCAGAAAAAACAUUUCACAAGCGUUGCCAACUGGUUACAUUGUCCUGGAUCACCCAUCAGCCGUAAAAUACAACACGCGUGUAGUCAACGGCUCCCUCAUAAUUACCAUGACGAGUGUUGUCAUCAACAAAGUUGAGUUCGAGGUAUUUAAGAUAAUACCGAUCCCACGGGCUGAGAAUGGCUCAAUUAUUGUAACAGAACAUGAUCGCAUCGCGGUAGGCCACAACCAAGACUUCUUCUACCCAUCGAUCGAACUAACAAAACUGAAUGAUACGCAUUUAAUUACGGUUCAACCAGAACUGAGUAAGGAAGUGGAUUGCGUAGCGGCUGUCAUACUGCAUAUCGCAAGUACCCGCAAAUGUGCAACAAAACUGUUAACCACGCCUUACGCUAUGAUGGAGACACUGUCCACUCCUAAUACCGUUUUAUACUAUGCAUCCGAUACAAAGGCAAUAGUUAUACAUUGCGACAACGUGGUAAUGUCACCACCUUAUGAGGCAGCAGUAGUAACUCUCCAGCCAGAUUGCCGUAUACAAUCCAACAACAAAACGAUACAUGCAAGUUUAAAUGGCAUGAACAAGAAGAUUGCAACAUACUUCAAAUCUAAAUACCAGGUGGCCGAUCACCUAUUGGACGAAUUCAAUGACACCGUAAAAGAUGUGGUGGAGCCGAAGCCCGAUAAUCCCUACGAUAACAACGCUAUGAUAACCGUGUACAACAGUUUGGAUCCCUUCCAUCCGAAAUCGAAGUAUCUUUGGAGGAACGCCGCCCUUUUCGUAAGCAUACUAAUGAUUAUAAUCGGGAUCAUUUAUCUACGUUGCUGCAGACGAAGAUGCUGCACCAGAUCCAGAGCCACAGCAGGACCCGAUGUCCAUAUCCGAAUGGACAACCUAUUGAACCGGCAACAAUUAGAAGACACAGCGCUUUAAAACCAAGCAUUGGAGGGACGUUCAAUGAAGCAAGGCGGCAUGCCGAAGAAUUGAAGAGAAAAAGUGAUUUAAAACUCUGUUAGACCAUAAGUACACAAAAUGUAAAAUAGAAGAAAAUAAUUGAAUAUGAAAUAAUUGUAGUCAAAAUGAGGAAUCUGACAAUGAAUAAGAAAUAUAAGCAACAAAGGGUUGCAUAAACUGACGAGAAGAUAUGUCGUCUAAUGUAAUAGUAAAAAAAAAUAUAAUUUGUUCAGUGAAAGAAGCAAUUAGGCGCCGUUGUAUGGCUAUUAAAGUACAUAAAGUUGAAGACUCUUCUAUGGAUAGAAGAAGUAUUGAAUUUGAAAAUUGAAUACUCCUGCGAGAGUAAAAUGAAGUGUAACACAAAGCUAAAAUGAAUAGGAUUUGCAUUGUAAAUGAAUCUGAAGGCAAAGUGGCUAAUAAAUUGUAACGAAGCAAAGAAUGAAUUUAUAACACACCAUGUAUGAAGAAUAAACGGAAGUCAUCCGCUCAUAGCAAACGAAUUGCAUUGUAUAACUUCAGGUUAGGAAAUUGAAUGUAAGAAAAACAUAAUAUUGAAAAGAGAAUAUAAGAUGAAACAAUUGCGAAUUAUACAGUAAUAAAAGAUACAGCAUCAGAAGCAUAGAAGAAAAAAUUAUUAGAAACAGAUGCGGCGUAGCUCAAUUGGUAAAUCUGCCUUACGCGAUUUACGAGGGCCGGUAUGUCGCCGCACGGAUCAUGCCUUUAGAGCGUGAUUCAUGGCGAGAACGAUAGAGCGGAUGCUUAGAUCGCGCUCUAUCCUAAAUACACAGAAUAGCUUGCGCAGUGGCUUUAUCGUAACUAAUGAGGUUUUUCCGAAGUGCGAUUAUUGCUAGCUGAAAACCUAAAUAUCAUAAAACUCCUCCGGCCAGCGAUAACCCGCCGGGAAGGAGAACAAAACAAAAAUAAGCAAAACGACGUAAUGUGUUUACGAUCAGAGCCUAUCUCCGAUCGUAAAUACCGAAGGACGGGAGAAAUCCCAAAAAGAGAGCACUAUGGGUGCUAUAAACGGAGCCUAUCUCCGAGCUAGGACAAUAAGUAAUAAAACGGAGAGGAAAAGAUAACACGCCUGCGAGCGUGUUAAUAAUCAUCCCUCGUUCGCCCGUCUGGCUUAGAAUAAAUAAUUGUAAUUUUCUCUCUCUUAUGCUACGCCCUUCUGGGGUAGAUAAGAAGGCAAUGUCUGUAUAUAAGAGAAAACUUGAACAGAAUAAACGCACUCUCAACUGGACACUCUCAACCAUACCACGGACGUAGGAGCGUCGUGGCGAAGUACCGAACCCCUCUUUUUUGUCAUAAACGUAUCACAACCCUGGACAUCGCCCGAGCAUCCUGGACACCAUCGGGAGCACCCUGGACAUCAUCGCCGGCAGAUCCCAGCGCAACAAGCGCUGACGAAGAUGCUGCACCAGAUCCAGAGCCACAGCAGGACCCGAUGUCCAUAUCCGAAUGGACAACCUAUUGAACCGGCAACAAUUAGAAGACACAGCGCUUUAAAACCAAGCAUUGGAGGGACGUUCAAUGAAGCAAGGCG